AUUCUUCGCUGAAAUCGCGGACCAUAUAAGCGGAGAACGGAGACGAAUCUGAGCAUUGCGCCUCGGCGAUCCAGCGGUCAAACAACUCUAAUAUAUACACAACGUUUGUUUGUUUAUUAGAUCAGUUAUCGAAAUGCCGAAAUUCACCUUCGUGUUAGUGAUCGUGGCUCUGGCCGUCAGCGUGCAAGGUUUCCCGACGUUCGAGGAUGACGUUGCAGCCGCUGCGGCGUCCGGUGACUGGGUUAAAGUGCAUGAGAUCUUAAGAAAGAACUUCGCUUCGUCGUUUGGGCAAAACACUAUGACAGAUGUCCGAAACCUGAAGCCGCAGAACGGCGGCCACGUCUUCGCAGAGGCGAAGUCCACCUUCGAGCACUCUUCCAACAUCAAUGGCAAGUCCAGCCACGAGCGAGGCGGCCACGAGGUCGUCAACAACGACGGCAAGGUUUCCGAAUGGGACCUGAAUUAAACCUUGACCCCAAGGCAAAGAGACCCAUUUGCACUAACAUCGCAUUUCACAAAUAGAAUAAGCGAGUCCUUGUCAUUGACGAAUUAACAGUCAGACUUACGCUAGUGUUAUAGCUUAAGUUUGACAAGUUACUGCAAAAUGUACGUCACAUUCUGCACUAUUUAGUUCAGCUGCCGAAGUCACUAAUGUCCAUGUUCAUAAGUCCAUGGUAUUGUGAUAUGGUGGAUGUAGUUGUCAAGAAGUAAAUCAAAGAUUUCGAAUUUGAAAUUAUUUACUAAAUCAUUGCUGCUACAUUCAAACACAGGCUCGCUUAUUUACACGCAAUGAUCGCUUGUUUUAGACCACAUUCGAGACCAUUUAUAACAACUUUGGUUUAGGACUGCACUUUAGUUUUAGACAGAAUUGUAUUGCGUAGAUACCUACGAAUGGUUAGAAUUAUGUAAGUAGUACACAUGUAAGUAGUUAUGAUACAAUCCUUAAUUUUAUCUCAACACAAACGACUAAACAAACAGCAGGUUGAGUUUCAACAGUCUAAAGAAUAUCAAUUUACUUAUAUGAUCGUCCAUCGAUUUAUAAAGAGCAUCAGGCCAUUCUAAACCAUAUAUAGAUAUUGUUUAAAAACACCACCCUUAUAUUUAUAUCACUAUAACUUAUGUAACUCAAUAUCCAUGUACAUUUGCACACAUUACAGAUUUAUCCCCACUC